UGACUUAGCUUUUUUUUAUGGUUGCCGGUACCAAUUUUAUUUAUGUGUAGUAAAAUGCACUAACUAUAAUCGGCGACAAAAUUGUUGACACAUUCACCUUUUCAACCCCAUAUUUCGUCACUAUGAUCCCUUUUUGCCCUCCUAGCUCGUCAUUUCAGCCCCCUCUCUCCAAACAAUGUUGUGCGGCAAUUGCUGGAAUCCUGAGGUACAAAGCAGCAACAUUGAAUGGGGAAGCGGGGUCUUUUCCACAGUUUAUUACGCGAUAAAAAGAGUCGUGGUAUUUGGUGCAGUAAAAAGUACUAUUGAAAGACAAUGUGUCUUUGUCUCAACUAAUUAUGUUGCCAAUUGUAGAUCGUAGUUAAAAUGUUUCGGCUACGAACAUAAUACAUCUGACUUUUUUUUUUCUUUACUCAGUGUUACUCAAUUAAAAGUAACUGAUGAAAAUAUUAAACUUCACCUAAAAAUUUCAUUUUAAUACAAUAAUCUAGACGGAUGGUUACUCGUCCGCAUUUCGUACACCGGGUUUAGAAAUAAGAUUUUUUUUUUUUAAUCCAAAAAUUUAAAAACGCUUUGUCAAUUUUAUUUAUUGGAUUGUGAAAGAAGGCAAGUUCAGUCAUUUCUUAGAUGGCCGAGAUGAAAGCCAUAGUAACUGGAUGCGCUUUGUAAAUUGCUCUCGCUGCGAGGACGAGCAGAACUUGGUAGCCCAUCAGUUUAGAGGCGAGAUCUGCUAUCGAACUUACAAAUAUGUAAACCCAGGAGAAGAACUAUUGGUAUGGUAUGGAGAAAGCUACGCUAAAGAUUUGGGGAUAUCUGUGUGUGAAGACCAAGUAAACAGAAAAAAAGGUAAUGGAUACACAUGCCACGGCUGUGAAAGGAUGUACACUUCCAUGAACUUUCUACAAAGACACAAGAACCAUUACUGUUCACCUAGGACUUUAAACUGGGAAUGCAGAAAAUGUAAGAAGCAAUUUACGUCAGUUAGUAGUCUUAACAUGCACAUCCGCCAGGCUCACGCAGAUGAAAAGCGUACGCAGAGUACUCAAUGUGACAAGGCGUUUAUUCGAUGUAAUGCUCUGACCACGCAUCUCCGUACUCACACAGGUGAAAAGUCAUAUCAGUGUACACAAUGUAACAAGGCGUUUAACGACUCUAGUCAUCUGACCAUGCAUCUCCGUACUCACACAGGUGAAAAGCCAUAUCAGUGUACACAAUAUAACAAGGCGUUUAACGACUCUAGUCAUCUGACCAUGCAUCUCCGUACUCACACAGGUGAAAAGCCAUAUCAUUUUACACAAUGUAACAAGGGGUUUAACAGCUCUAGUCAUCUGGCCACGCAUCUCCGUACUUACACAGGUGAAAAGCCAUAUCAGUGUUUCAGAAAAGUCAGAAAACAGAUUUAA